AUGAAUCAUCCAUUAGUAAAUAUACCAUUAACUUAGGGAAUAAAAUGUAGAAAAUUGUGUCAAGCUAUUGAUUUAUAUGGGAUAAAUCCAAAUUUAUUGAUUUUUGGUAAUCAAAAAUAUUCAAGUAUACUUGGAAGCCUCCUGACAAUAAUAGCUUCGACAUUGACAUUCGGAUAUUUAGUGUAGUAAGUCUAAGAAUUGGUGUACAAGUAACUCCCUUAAACAAUAUUAUCAGAACACUUAGUAACUGAAACUUCUCCAUUUCCAUUGGAAAAUCAUAAUUUUACAUUAUCAAUAUCAGUUGCUAAUAUGGAACAAAAUCCAUUAAAGACAAUUGAUAAAUACUUUACAAUUAAGGUUGAAAAUUGUUAAAGAUCAAGGUAACUUAAUACAACAACUAAUAAAAUCGAUGUUGUUAAUACAUGUAUUAAUUAUCCAACAGAGGCUUGCGCGUCAGAUAAUUUCGUAACAGAUAUCUAAAAAGAAUAUUUCAGUAAAAUUCGAUUAGGAACGGCUUAGUGCAUCAAGAAAGAUAUCUUGUAAAGUAAACCACCUGUACUAUAAGGGAUUGUUUCAGGAAAUUUAUACUCCUACAUCACUAUUAAGUUUUCAGCAUGUAAGAAUAGUACAGAGAAAUAGGAUUGUGCUUCAAGGGAUGAGAUUAAUAAAGAAUUAAUUAAUGGUUAUUAUGUUGUUCAUAUGAGUGAUUCUCUAAUUUAAAUGAGUAACCCUGAGAGUAUCCAAAAAAACUUCAUAAAAAUGUAGUAUACAUAAUUUUCAAUAUCAACCUCCAAAACUAUAUAUCAAGGAUUCAGAAUUAUCCAAUCAUUGACUGAUGAUGGUGUAUUAAUUAACAAUGUUGUAGAAGACUCAUUUUUGGUUCAAUAGUACUAUUAAGAAUCAACUGCAGAUUAUAAUGAAGAUUAUUUAAUCUUACAUAGUCUAAUACUUGAUAAUAAAUACACCAAUUAUUAAAGAUCAUACAUUAAGUUACUGACCAUCUUAAGUAAGAUUGGAGGAUUGUGGUAAUUAAUAUUUAUUUUCUUUGGUAUUAUUUCUAAACCAUUUAUUUUAACUGAAAUGAAAAUCAAUUUAGCAAAUAAAUUAUUUAGAUUUCAGUAAGAGGAGAAUGAUCUAACUUAAAGCAUAAAGAGAGAUGUGAGUAUGAAAUCGAAUGUAGAAAAAUAUGUGAGAUAACCAUAACAUAAAUUGUCAAGUUCAAUAUCAAGUAUUAUACAAUUUUUAUUUGGGUGCAACAAGGCAAGAAUAAAAUAAUUGGAUUAAGCAAAUCUGAAAAUCCAAGAAAAUUUAGAUGUGGUUGAAAUAAUGAAAAAAUUUUAGGAAUUUGACAAUCUGAAAUCGAUAAUUUUGACAACUAAUUAGAGAGUCUUAUUUGAUAUUAUUCCAAUUCCAUUAAUAACGAAUAUAUAAAAUAAAAUUGAAACAGAUUCAUAAUCAAGUUAGCGUCAGUCCAAAGAUAAUUUUGAAAGAUUUAUUGAGGCUUAUAAAUCAUUUUGUUAAAUUCGUGAUAUGUCUGAUACAAUUGAAAAUAUUGGAUAAAAAAUAAUUACCCAUUUGGAUUAGGAUAUGAUUAAACUGUUUUAUGAAUAUCAUUUGGACUCAGAAUAGAAAUAGGUUCUAUAAUUAUUAUCUGAAGAGAGGAAAUCUAAAAUUUUAGAUAGAAACUAUCUAGAUUCUGAAUCAAAAAUAAGUUUAUCUCCAUGUAAUUCAAAUCAUUAAGAAGUCCAAGCCGUAAAGAUAUUUCUUAAUAACUAACAAAUUAAAAGAAAAUUAGGAAGUUUAUAGAUGUGA